AUUUAAAACCGCCCCUUGUUUUAAAUCAUCUUUUUCUUCUUCUCCAAUUCACCCACGGAUAUAAAUAGGCCUCCCAUUUCUUCUUCGUUCUCAUUCAUUCCCUACAACUCCGGUAAAAUAAAAAAAAGAGUCGGUAAAUUCAGAUUCCCCUUUUUUUUUUUACCUUCAAAUCUGUGAUCAGCCAUGGACACAAAGAUCGGAUCUCUCGACACGUGUAAGCCGAGAAGCAACGACCUGGGGAACGCCCCAUCCAAUGGUGCGACCACCCUCCACGGCUCCUCCGUCCAUUUCAACUCCGCCGAGGCGACGCUCGGCCGCCACCUCGCCCGCCGCCUCGUCCAAGUCGGCGUCAGCGACGUCUUCGCCGUCCCCGGCGACUUCAACCUCACGCUCCUCGACCAUCUCAUUGACGAGCCCGGGCUCAACCUCGUCGGGUGCUGCAACGAGCUCAACGCCGGCUACGCGGCGGACGGCUACGCGAGGUCUCGCGGAGUCGGUGCAUGCGCCGUCACGUUCACUGUCGGCGGCCUCAGCAUCCUCAACGCCAUCGCCGGCGCCUACAGUGAGAACCUCCCUGUGAUAUGCAUUGUUGGCGGCCCCAACUCCAACGACUAUGGCACCAACCGGAUCCUCCACCACACUAUCGGGUUGCCCGAUUUCAGCCAGGAGCUCCGCUGCUUCCAGACCGUCACUUGCUAUCAGGCCGUGGUGAACAAUUUGGAGGAUGCGCACGAGCAGAUCGACACUGCGAUAUCCACGGCGUUGAAGGAGAGCAAGCCGGUUUACAUAAGCAUAAGCUGUAACCUAUCAGCUAUUCCUCAUCCCACCUUUAGCCGUGAACCGGUUCCGUUUUCAUUGUCUCCAAGGUUGAGUAACCAGAUGGGAUUGGAAGCAGCUGUGGAAGCUGCAGCGGAGUUCCUGAACAAGGCUGUGAAGCCAAUCAUGGUGGGAGGGCCGAAAUUGCGCGCAGCAAAAGCCUGCAAAUCAUUUGUGGAGUUGGCAGAUGCUUGUGGCUAUCCCCUAGCGGUCAUGCCCUCGGCCAAGGGAUUAGUUCCUGAAGAGCACCCCCAUUUCAUAGGAACUUAUUGGGGCGCAGUUAGCACCGCUUUCUGUGCAGAAAUUGUUGAGUCCGCUGAUGCCUACUUGUUCGCCGGACCCAUAUUCAACGACUACUCAUCUGUCGGCUACUCUCUGCUUCUCAAGAAAGAGAAGGCCAUUGUGGUUCAGCCGGAUCGUGUCACGAUUGGGAAUGGGCCUGCGUUUGGGUGUGUGUUGAUGAAAGAUUUCCUCUCUGCUCUGGGUAAGAGACUCAAGCACAACAAGACUGCCUAUGAGAAUUACCAGAGGAUUUAUGUUCCUGAUGGGUGCCCUAUCAAGUGUGAGCCCAAAGAGCCAUUGAGGGUGAAUGUUCUCUUCCACCACAUUCAGAAGAUGUUGAGUGGCGAAACUGCUGUUAUUGCUGAGACAGGGGACUCCUGGUUCAAUUGCCAGAAGCUGAAAUUGCCCCAAGGAUGCGGGUAUGAGUUCCAAAUGCAGUAUGGGUCUAUCGGUUGGUCUGUUGGCGCGACCCUUGGUUAUGCUCAGGCCACCCCGGAGAAGCGGGUGAUUGCUUGCAUCGGGGAUGGCAGCUUUCAGGUGACUGCCCAGGAUGUGUCAACAAUGCUGAGAUGCGGCCAGAAGAGCAUAAUCUUCCUGAUCAACAACGGCGGGUACACCAUUGAGGUUGAAAUCCACGAUGGACCGUACAACGUGAUCAAGAACUGGAACUACACUGCCCUGGUUGAUGCAAUCCACAACGGCGAUGGCAAUUGCUGGACAACCAAGGUCCGUUUCGAAGAUGAGCUGGUUGAAGCGAUCAAGACAGCGACCGAAGAGAAGAAAGACAGCCUGUGCUUCAUUGAGGUGAUUGCUCACAAGGAUGACACUAGCAAAGAGCUGCUCGAAUGGGGUUCGAGGGUCUCUGCCGCUAACAGCAGGCCGCCAAACCCACAGUAAACCCACCGUGAAUUGAAGAUGAUAUUCCAGAAGUCAUUUUACCUCUUCUUAGCUUUUUCUAUAUGGCUUUUCAUUUCUGUUCUUUCCCCUUUGAAUGUUUAGUUUCCUAAAGAGUAUGAGCAGUGGUAUCUAGUUUUUGGUUAUUGUUAAAGAGAACAUUGGUA